CCUCGCUCUCCUCGAUCUGACCCACAUACUUGUUCCAGCGCUCAAAAUCUCUGGGCUUCCAAAAAUACCCUACUUCUUUGUCGACAAUCGAAUCGUCACCGUCGAUGUCGCUUCCAUCCGUCAGAGGUAAUUGAUCCGAAGUUUCGAAAACGCUCGAUUCUUCUUCUUCUUCUGCAUCUUCCUCCUCAUUCACCUUUUGCUUCUUCACCGACGGCUCAUAAUCUGAUUCGCGCGAAUAUUCCGAUUUGCUUUCCUUUUCACCCUUCUGAUGGCAGCGGUGGUGAUGAUGGCGGCGAUGGCUUUUCACCUUCUGAUGGUGGUGAUGACGGCGGCGGCUGUGACAACAAAUUGACAAAACCCUAGCAUCACAAAUUUGGGUAUGGACUAUUGCCCCAAUAGAGCCUUUAAAUAGAGGUGAACCCAAAAC